ACGGUUUUACUGGUCUAAUAUAACUGUACCUUUGUUUCCAGGGGGGAUUUGCAAGUUCCUAUUCUUAUAAGUUCUGGCUUUCAAAAAGCCCUAAAGAACCUGAUAGGAUGCAAUUGAAACAAUCCGAAAGUAGUGGUGGCCCCUUAGCAGAGCAAAUAACAAUGCCGGAAUCUAAAACCUCUCGCGCCGAGUUCACCCGGCAAUCGUCGACAUUACCCUUCGGUCAACCCGUGUCCUUGUCUUCUAUUUCCGGCCCUACCUAUGUCACCGGUCAGCUGCUCGUCCAGCAGAUUGCCUACGUCUUGUCCGAUAAGAUCUUCUCGUACUCUCCCGAGACUUUCGAUCUCGAUGUUGCCGUGAAGGAUUGGGCCCAGAAUGAGGAAAAGAACGCUCAUGGAUAUCCUACAACUGUCUUGCCUCUUCAGACCCGUUCAGGUGCUGGCGCUUUCGCGCUUGGUUACAUCUUCUCUAAAGACUUCGACUUAAGCAAGAGGGAUAUUCCCCAGACUCUAUUGGCACCAUCGCUUAGUUUGCGCCACCUCCGUUCUGCCCUGGACCAGUUGGCUUUACUGUAUGGAGUUGCGAGCCCUUUCGUUGCCCAUGUGGCAGCUACCGAGUAUGCUGCAGACGCGGGCCUUGUUGCAGAAUACGGCACUGCUCUACAGCUUUCUGAAGAACUUGCAUUGGGCCUUGUCUCGAGUGGUUCCGCGUACGAAGCGCAACACAUCUCGCUCUUUGCUACGUUGAUGGCUAAGAUUUUACCUACCAUUCACCUUUACGACGGUGUUCGCACAUCCCGUGAGACUUUAAGAGUCAUCGAUGUCUUAAGUCAAGUUGGUGUCGCCGAUGUCUUUAAGAAGGUGUCCAAGACAGCCGAGUCCUUGAACAAACGCCUUGAUGACGCUGGAAAGGUUCUAGAGCUUCUUCAAGCUUUCAACGAUGAGCUAGGUACUGAUUAUGAGCCAUUUGAAUACGUCGGUCACGAAUCCGCCGAGACUGUUUAUGUUGUUUUUGGCAGCGUUGAGGCUCAACUUGCUAAGCAGGUCGUGUCUAAACUUACCUCCGACGGAAUCAAAAUAGGAGCCGUUAUCGUCAGGAUAUACAGACCAUUCAUCGAAGAAGCCUUUAUUAAGGCUGUCCCCACUUCUACCACACACGUUGCGGUCCUUGGACAGGUUUCGAAUGAGCCCGCCGUGUCCGACGCUUCGGUCCAAUCCGUCUUAUAUACGGAUGUCUUAACUGCAAUUUCGUUCUCUAGCAAAUGGACCUCAACGCCAGUUAUUACCGAUGUAAAGUACGCGGCAUCGCGUUCGUUUACUCCAUCGAGCUUCGUCGCUGCAGUAACUCAGGGCACGAAUAAGAACCCGGUCUCUCGUAUCCAGCUACCGCAGCUCGAAUCUGUAGAACAAUACAUAUUUUGGGAUACCGAUGACUCAGUAGCUCUCUAUGCCCCGACAGUCAUUGGUAGUCUCUUGUCGCAAGAUUCUACUACCAACGUCUAUCUCAAUGAAUCCCACGAUAAUUUAGUUCAGGGCGGUGUUGUUCGAUCCGAUUUAAGGACGUCUAAAAUUACGAUCGACGCACCUUACGCAGCCGAACAAGCUGACGCCGUCCUAGUCGCUGAUGAGAAGCUACUGAAGGAAAUAGCCGCAUCUCAAAGCGUUAAGGAUAAUGGCAAACUAAUCCUAAAGCUGCCCAACUUCAAGGAGGAAGAGGUCGAGAAGCGAAUCCCCUCUACUAUCCGCGGGGAUGUGAAAAGGAGGAACAUUUCACUCUAUAUCCUGGACUCCUCCUCGUCUCCGGCAUUCGAGACAGACUCCAAUACUGCUAGACUACUGGUUGAACUUGCUUUUAUCAAGACUGUAAAGCCUGAUAUCAAACAUGAAAUUUUGGAGAAGCUGGCUACCCUUGAAGCUAAUUCUCCUACUCUAGAAGAGUGUCUUGAUGCUUUGGACAAGUCUCUCAAGAACCUAGACAUUCCAGAAUCAUGGGCCGCGGAUGCUGAUGAUGUACCACAAGUUCUGCCUCAAGUUCUGAAGACAAACAGCUUUGUCACAUUUGAUAAGAAGGAAUCCGAGCAAGAUACACAGCUAAGCAGUUGGGAGUCUGCUGCCAAGGGCCUUGUUUUCAAAGAGGCAUAUAAUACCGACAUUGCUCUACGCCCGGAUUUGACUGUCAAAACAUACACAAUUCACGUUAAGGAGAAUCGUAGACUGACCCCGCAAACCUACGAUCGAAAUAUUUUCCACAUUGAAUUCGACCUAGGAAACUCUGGUCUCACUUACAAGAUUGGAGAAGCCCUUGGUGUGCACGCGGACAACGAUACUGAUCUAGUACGCGAGUUUAUCGAGUCUUACGGAUUGAAUGCAGACGACCUGGUUCAAGUCCCUUCAAGGGAAGACUCCAGCGUUCUAGAGACAAGGACCAUCUACCAAUCACUGGUACAGAAUAUCGAUAUCUUUGGAAAGCCCCCGAAGCGAUUCUACGAGUCCCUGGCGGAAUUUGCUACGGACGACCUCGAGAAGAAGAAAUUGGCAUCUCUUGGUACCCCAGAAGGUGCCGAAGAGUUCAAACGGCGAACAGAGGUCGAUACCCUCACUUAUGCCGAUGUCCUCGAGGAGUUUAAGUCCGCUCACCCUAGCUUCCCACAACUUGUCCGGCUAAUAGGACCCCUAAAACGUCGCGAGUACUCAAUUGCCUCUGCUCAAGCAGUAACCCCGAAUGCAGUUGCUCUCAUGAUUGUGGUUGUGGAUUGGGUCGAUUCCAAAGGCCGAACUCGUUACGGCCAAGCUACUCGUUAUCUUAGCCGUCUCCCCGUUGGAGCCGCUAUUACUGCCUCUGUCAAGCCUUCAGUCAUGAAACUACCAGUACGUGACGAUGCACCUCUCAUUAUGGCUGGUCUUGGUACUGGCUUGGCUCCAUUUAGGGCAUUCGUGCAGUACCGUGCAAUGCAAAAGGCUCAGGGCAAGGAUAUCGGCGCUAUUCUCCUGUAUCUUGGUUCGCGUCAUCAGCGCGAGGAAUAUCUCUAUGGUGAAGAAUGGGAGGCUUAUCUAGAUGCUGGUGUCAUCACCCAUCUCGGCGCUGCGUUCUCUCGUGACCAACCCCAGAAGAUAUACAUUCAGGACCGCAUGCGCCAGUCCUUGGGCGACAUCAUUAACGCGUACAUUGAGCAGGAAGGCUCCUUCUACCUGUGCGGUCCGACGUGGCCUGUUCCGGAUGUCACAGACGUGCUGAAGGAGGCUAUUACUGCCGAAGCCAAGACAAGCGGAAAGAAGAUAGACGCAAACAAGGAGAUUGAUCGGCUCAAAGAGGACGGGCGCUAUGUGCUCGAGGUUUAUUAGACGGUUGCUUUUGAAGAGAUAGAUUUGCUUUCCACACAAGCGAUCUCAAUUGAUGCUAUGACUGCAGAGUUUAAAUAUCCAUAGACCACGAACCUUUUUUUCAAUACCAUUCACCUUUUCAUGGCCUUUAGUAUAUUUGCUCAAGUUCCCCUAUCUAACACGUGUAAUACAAAGCUGAAGUAUUUCCAGAAGAACUUUCGAUACUCCGCCUUCACCAGAAAGAUAAAAGUACACACU